UGGGCAGGCAGGCAGACGGGCGAGAGGGCCGGUAGAAGGAGGCGACCACGCGAUGGGGAUGUGACCUGCGGCCAGACGAGGACUCGCGCUGACCCACCCGGCGGACCCCGUGAGUGAGCGCCGCGGCCCCCGCGGCCCCCGCGCUCACGGCCCAGGCUCGCUUCCACUUUCAUUUCGUCAGCUGUCCUGGCGUGGCACCGUCCGGGGGCGACCUGCGCCCGGAGGCAGGCUGGCCACGCUCCUUGGUCUGGGGUCCGGGACUAGGAGCUAGAAAGUCGGGGACGGGUUGGGGGCGCUUUGGUUGAGGAGGGCGUGUCUUCGGAGGCGGAAAUUUCAGGCCGCUCCUCUGGGUCCUACGACCGGUCUAUCCUGGCAUCUGCAGGUCCUGCCCCCGGACAUCUGGCGCUGGACCCCGGCUGGCCAUGGCACUGUGCCUGAAGCAGGUGUUCGCCAAGGACAAGACGUUCAGGCCGCGGAAGCGCUUCGAGCCGGGCACACAGCGCUUUGAGCUGUACAAGAAGGCGCAGGCUUCGCUCAAGUCGGGCCUGGACCUGCGCAGUGUGGUCAGGCUGCCGCCGGGCGAGAACAUUGAUGACUGGAUCGCCGUGCAUGUGGUGGACUUCUUCAACCGCAUCAACCUCAUCUACGGCACCAUGGCUGAGCGCUGCAGUGAGAGCAGCUGCCCGGUCAUGGCCGGAGGGCCCCGCUACGAGUACCGCUGGCAGGACGAGCGCCAGUACCGGCGGCCAGCCAAGCUCUCGGCGCCGCGCUACAUGGCAUUGCUCAUGGACUGGAUUGAGGGCCUCAUCAACGACGAGGAGGUCUUUCCCACCCGCGUGGGAGUUCCCUUCCCCAAGAACUUCCAGCAGGUCUGCACCAAGAUCCUGACCCGCCUCUUCCGCGUCUUUGUACACGUCUACAUCCACCACUUCGACAGCAUCCUCAGCAUGGGGGCUGAGGCACAUGUCAACACCUGCUACAAGCACUUCUACUACUUCAUCCGCGAGUUCAGCCUGGUGGACCAGCGGGAGCUGGAACCACUGAGGGAAAUGACGGAGCGGAUCUGUCACUGAGCCCAGGCCUGGACUUGUUGCCCAUGAGAUGGACCAUCUGAACAGAAUGGCCAGGGGAGGAGACCCUCAGGAGUCUGGUAGCGGAGGAACCUGAAGGCCUGGGACCUUUCCACAGACCCAAAGCCCCUGGACUUCUGGUUCUCAGGAGUCUGCCCACACGUCCCCCUGACUGCUUGUGAGUGGGGAAGGGGAGAGUGCAAAGGUGGGCAGACAGGAGGAAAGAAGGAGCUAAACCCCUGGCGUGAAGUCUAGAGGGUUUCUGCUCUGAUACUUGACCCUUCCACGGUGGUUCCCAAGCCUGUUUGGGGAAUGUAGAUGUGGCUGAGGUGGUGGCCAGAAAGGUACAAGAGUGUGAGCCACCUGUGUGUGAGUGGACACAGAUGAUGUGUGUGUAUAUGUGGCUAUGUGUGUGAUUUUGACCAUGGGGUGUGUCUGUGAGAGCUAGCUGCCUUAGACCCUUCCUGGCACAUACUAGGCCCUCCAUAAAUGUUAGGUAAGUUGAUAGAUGGAAUGAAGUAGGGAUUAGGGCCAUCAGAUCAUGACCACUGUAGGAGUGAUGACAAGUCAAUGUCCACAUUCGGUGUGUCUGACCAUGAGUAUAAGUGCACAGAAUGUGGUUGUAGAUGUAGCUCCAUGUUUGAACCUUCCAGGCUACCGUCUUCCAUCAGCAUGAGUUCUGGGGAGUAGGGGGAGGUAGGAAGGGGGACUCUGCCCUGAGUACCUUAAGCCCUGGCUCAUCUCAGGCACAGGUUCUGAUUUGCUCAGCCAGGGAUGCCCAUGAACUGUCAUUUCACUCAUCCGUCUGCCUCCAGGAAGGCCUGGUUAAAGACAGCCUCCUGGGUGUUGGGGGUGAUCUCUCAUGUCCACAAAGGUCCCCAGUCCUUAAAUCAGUAAUCAUAUACUCCAGUCCAGCUCCCUUAAUCUCCAGAUGUAGUUGCGAGAAUCUGAAGCCCAGCACAAGAUAAUCCUCCAACCCAUGGAGCUAGUGAACUUGAAUUGGGAAACUCUGGAGCCUUGUCUCCCAUCUGGGGCAUUGAGGACCACAUAGCUACUGAAUGGACCCUUCCAGGCUUAGAGAGCCCCUGUCCUGCAACUACCUGCCUCCCUCCCAACCAUCCCUAAGACAUUCCAGCUGGUUGGAUCUCAGAGAAGAUCUAUCCGCAGAGAAACUGGGAUGUUGAUUCAGUGCUCCAUUACUCAGCGCCUCCAUGCCCAGCCCUGUGCCCAGACCCAUAGGUGGGGAAACUGAGGCAGGGACAGGGCUCUCCCCUCCAGAGGCUCCAUGCUGGGAGGUCAGGAUGGAGAGCCAGAAGGGACCUGAGGAUCAUCCAGUCUCACUCACAGAAUCAUUCAUGCGCCUAGAA